AUGCAAGGAAGCGGAAUACUGCAGCGAAACAGCGUAGACACAGAGCCCGGCAGAUCAACAUUGUAUCUGUCACUGAAGAUCCAUCUGAUUGACUUCUUCCUCUUUUCAGGAAAUGCUCCUUCAGACUCGUACAAUACACUUUCUCAGUCAAAUUGGAAACCACGCAAUCCACGUCGGCCAAAAUGGGUGAUUCAAAAGUCGGAUGGCGAAUCUUCACACAAAAAGGCUCGUUUGAACGAAGAUUAUUCUAAAUGGGAUGCAGAGACCCUUACGAAGAGCUUACAAAGAGGGGGUCUUGGUGAUGUUGCUAAGCUCUUUCGAGAAAAUAAUUUAGCAGGCGAUACUUUGAAACAGAUUGAAGAGUUUAUUGAGACAGUAAAGACACGACGUUUGCCUUUGAAGGGCCAAAAGGUGUUCAAUGAUCCAAUACAUGGACUAAUCGAACUCCAUCCACUGUGUGUAAAGAUCAUAGACACACCGGAAUUCCAGCGCCUUCGAUUCCUGAAGCAACUUGGGACUGCUUACUUUGUGUAUCCUGGUGCGGCUCACAACAGAUUUGAGCAUAGCUUAGGGGUUUGUCAUCUAGCCGGAAGACUGGUUCGUGCCAUAAAAAGCAGACAACCCGACCUUAGCAUAACAGAUAAAGACGUUCUUUGUGUUGAAAUAGCUGGGCUUUGCCACGACCUUGGUCAUGGACCAUUUUCCCAUCUGUUUGAUAGGGAGUUUAUACCAAAAGUUCUAAAGGAAACAUGGGAGCACGAACAAGCGUCCAUAGCUUUACUGGACUACAUGAUUAAAAAAAGAAAUUUAGAUCCUGAGUUCGAGAAAUAUGAUAUCACAAAAACUGACAUAACAUUUAUCAAGGAGCAAAUUCGGCCUGAACUGAAGGAAAAAUAUGAUGAUGGAAAGUUCAAGGGAAGACCUGACAAACCGUUCCUGUAUGAGAUUGUUGCCAACAAGCGGAACGGCAUCGAUGUUGACAAGUGGGAUUACUUUGCCCGUGAUUGCUACAUGCUUGGAAUUCAGAACAACUUUGACCACAACAGAUGUAUCCACUUUGCCCGGGUUUUGGAUGCGAAGGGAGAUUCGGAUAAGAUGGAGAAACAGAUUUGUACCAGGGAAAAGGAGGCUGGACACCUGUAUGACAUGUUCUACACCCGAUAUAUGCUGUACCGCCGGGCCUAUAAGCACAAGACUGUUUCAAGCAUCGACUUCAUGGUUACAGAGGCGCUUAUCGAAGCAAACGAUUGCAUCACGUUUACCGGUAAAAAUGGUGAAGAAAAGAAAAUGUCAGAGGCCAUUGGUGACAUGGAAGCCUACAGUAAGAUGACGGACCAAGUGAUCUUCAUGAUUCUCAACAUGAACGACGAUAACCUACCAAAAUCCAGAAGUCCAGAUGGCACUGUUGACAUGGUGGAUUUAAGUGAGAAAAAGAAGAAGCUCGCAAAAUCGAAAGAGAUUCUGAACAAUGUCAUGUCCCGCAACUUUACGUACAAAUACACAAUGCAUGAGGUGUCUGAAAGGGACAUCAAGGAGAAAGAGGAAGACAUAGAAAUGGCAGUUAAAGAGGAAAUAGAAAAGAAGAAUCCUGAUCACCAAAAGUUUGAUGCUACCGGUAUUAAAGUUCAGAUUGUUAAGCUGGAUUACGGGCAAAAAGAAAAGAAUCCCAUGAACAAAUUGAUGUUUUACAGCAAAACGGAUCAUGACACAGCCGUUCAAAUUAAAAAAGAAAAGGUGUCGAGCUUUCUCCCAAAAGUAUUCCAAGAACGACAGAUUCGACUUUAUUGUAAAGGCGAUGUUUCGGAUGACUUGAAGAAGGCCGCUGGCGUUGCUCUUAACCAGUGGUGUAAGGAUAAGGGCUACAUAUCCACGGAGCAGCGUAGUGACGAUAAGAUAAAAAGCGGCACCCUUUUGGGCAAGAGGACGAUAUAAGGGUACCAUUCUAACUUGAUGUACAACACUUCAGCGCAGUUAUCUCCCCUUGUCAAAUAUUCGAUGUGUACAUAAAUCAAACGUUUAAAGUGGGCAAUUUUGAAACUAUACGUAAGGUUCCAAGAAAUGUGCGGAACGUUCAUUUUAUAACCUAAAGAAUAGAUGGUUGAGGGAAUUAUUUAUAUUAUAUAUUAAUUGAACCUUGAUUAGUUGUUUGAUUUAAAUAAUUUUAUUAAAUAAUGGUGUUUUGUUGUUGCUAUUUUUUAAUGAGUUCAGUGUUAAAGAAGAUGAUUUAAACAGUUUAAAUUCUUAAUUAAUAUGAGAACUUUCUUUAAAUUACUGCAGAUGGCAAAGAUCACAAAAAUGUGUAUUAACUCUAUAUUAUAUAACCAUAACAUACAUAACGUUGUUUUGAAUAACCUAUCCCAUUGGUUUGAAAGUUAGUUAGUUUUUUACGUAAGCCAGGAACUUUUUUGUUAAAAUUGUGUUAGCCUAGGAUUCUUUCUUAAAAAAUAAUUUGUGCCAAUUUUAAAAUGUUAAUUCUUUCAUUUUUAUUUUGAAAAAAAUCAUGUUGUAAUUUGAUUUUGUAAAUGUAUUAGAAUAUGUUUAAAAAUAUGCCAAAAAGCCGAUGGUGAGGAUCGAAUUGAAAAUUGUGUAAUAACUUCUUGCAGCGUUUUCGUUUACAAUUGGAAGUUUGCUUUAAAUUUAAAAGCAAAUUAAAUGUAGCUUCAUACUUCUAUUUUGUUUCGUAAUGUGUUCAUGUUAUGCAAUUAAUGUUGAAAUGCAAAUCAUUAUCCGAUACUUUAUAGUAUUGACCACAUGUUAUGAUUAGUGAUUAUGUUUGUGAUUUACAGGGUCCUCUUAUAAAAUGUUUAAUAAAUGCAGUUCAAUGACAUGUGAAUGAUAAGUGUGUAAUACAGAUGAAUGGCA